AAAAAAGACAGAACACGGAGUUACUGAGUCCAGUCGAUAACAUAGGUUAAUAACAUUCAAGAUCAGUCAAGUGAAGUGCCUUGAACAAUAUAAGUGUUGUGACAAGAUGGUUAUGAAUAGUUUCUUAAUAUGGACGCUUACGUGGAUUUUAGUUAGUGGUGGCUGCUUCGUAACAAAGGAAGAAUGGGAUGGAUUGCCUCCCUUGCACGUAGACUAUCUUCCCAGACCAGUGGACUUGGUUAUUAUACAGCAUACAGUGACAUCUACUUGUAGCACAUUCGAGUCAUGCAAAAAUAUCGUUCAGAGUAUACAGAAUACCCAUAUGGAAGACCUUAAGUUUUGGGAUAUUGGAAUGUCAUUUUUGGUUGGCGGUGAUGGCAAAGUUUACGAAGGUUCUGGUUGGCUACACGUUGGUGCACAUACAUUCGGAUACAAUAAAAAAUCCAUAGGCAUAUCAUUUAUAGGAAACUUUAACAACGAUGAACCAACACCACAGGCGAUAGCUGCAGCCCAAACUCUUCUAAGAUGUGGCGUGGAAGAAGGACAUCUAUCUUCAUACUACCACCUAGUAGGCCAUAGACAACUCAUUGCCACGGAAAGCCCCGGACGGAAAUUGUAUAGAGAAAUAAGAACCUGGCCCCAUUACCUGGAAGAUGUAUCAUCGAUAAAAAAUUAAGAUUUAUAUGCAAAGCAAAUAUUCAUAUUUUAAAUAAUAUUAUUCCUAUUUCAUGCAGAGUGACCAUACAAAGUUGAUUUUAUGCUAUCGUAUUCAUGCAUGGUAUGAGGGAAAUUUAAUAAAGUGAAUAAUGCAUUAUAUUUGAAAUGAAAAUAUUAAAUUCACGAUCAAAAUUUACAAUAUGAGAGCAAAAUAUUUAUGGGUUCUAAACAACUCUUAUAUUACUACUACUACUACUAUAGCUAAAUAUUAAAUUUUCCUAUUGUCAUUCCAAUAUAAAUAAAUUUUUCUGUCGUGAAUUUAAUAUGUAUAUAAGUAUAUAAUUUCCUCGAUCAUGUAAACGUGAUAAAUACUUUUGAAACCCCUUUCUCAUAUUGUCUACAAAUAUUUAUUAACAAUUGCAUUACGAAUAGUUUCUCGGAUUUUUUUUUUAAUGUUUCCUCCUCUUGUUUUCCUUUUAGAUGUAAAUAUUAAACAAAGCAUAAAAAUACAAUAUAUAAUGUUUGAAAUGUUAACGCGUCGCCUUUUGUCGAUUCCAUCAACAAUAAACAAUACUUCGUAUAUUUUA